AUGGCCCUGUCUCUGGUCUCUGGCCCUGCGGUGCCCGCUGCGGCGCUGCGUUUCAUGAAGUAUGUCGAGGCAAGCCCCACGCCGUUCCAUGCGACGGCGACGAGCGUCGCGAUGCUCGAGAAGGCUGGGUUCGUCCAGCUGCACGAGAGCCAGUCGUGGGACAACAAGGUGGAGCUCGGCGGCCGCUAUAAGCGCAACCAGUCGUCGCUCGUCGCGUUUGCCAUCGGCCAGCAGUACCGCCCGGGCAAUGGUGUGCACAUGGUCGGCGGCCACACCGACUCGCCGAAUCUCCGUGUGCGUCCGGUGUCGAAGCGCAGCAAGGAGGGCUACCUGCAGUGCUCUGUCGAGACGUACGGCGGCGGCCUGUGGGCGACGUGGUUCGACCGUGACCUGAGUCUCGCGGGCCGCGUGAUUGUGUCGACGUCCGACACGCAUGCCAAGUUUGUGUCGCGCCUCGUGCACAUCCGCCGCCCGCUGCUGCGUGUGCCGACGCUGGCCAUCCACCUGAACCGCACGCAGAACGACGCGUUCAAGUUCAACCAGGAGGACAACCUGCAGCCGAUCUUUGGCCUCGCCGAUGCGCUCAACUCGUCCGCGGAGCCGAGCGCGGCGGUCGGCACGCCGACCAUGAGCCAAAAACACCACCCGGUGCUCCUCCAGCUGCUUUCGGAAGAGCUCGGAUGCCCCGUGAGCCACAUUCAAGACUUUGAGCUGAGUCUCUUUGACACGCAGCCUCCUGCGGCCGGCGGCCUGAACAACGAGUUUGUCUUUUCGCCGCGCGUCGACAACCAAAUGACGUGCUUCUGUGCGACCGAGGCGCUGAUCGACAGUGUGGAAAAGGCCGGUGCGCUCAGCGAUGCGUCGUCCAUCCGCGCCAUUGCGCUCUUUGAUAACGAAGAGGUGGGCUCGGUGUCGUACCAAGGCGCCGAGAGUAACCUCGUCUGGAGCAUGGUGCACCGUCUAGCGGCGCUUGCCGUGCGUGGCGCGACUGUCUCGACGAACCAGCAGGCGCUCUUUGAUCAGAGUCUUGCACGCUCGUUCCUCAUCUCGUCGGACACGGCGCACGCCGUGCACCCCAACUUUGCCUCGAUCCACGAGGACAAUUUGCGCCCCAAGCUCAAUGCGGGCCCGGUGAUCAAGACCAACGCCAAGCAGCGCUACGCGUCGACGGCGGUGACCACCUUUUUGCUGCGCCGCGUCGCCAAGCGCGCGGGUGUGCCGCUGCAAGAGUUCGAGGUGCGUAACGACUGUGCGUGCGGCAGCACCAUCGGCCCGAUGCUCUCCAAGAGCGUGCGCACGGUCGACCUCGGCAAUCCCCAGCUGAGCAUGCACUCGAUCCGCGAGGUGUGUGGCUCGGAGGACGUCGAGCACAAAAUCAAGCUCUUUACGGAGUACUUCCAGUCGUUCGACAAGGUCGACGAGGAGCUUACAGUGGAUUAG